UAGCUACCAAAAUUAUUUACUUGGUUGUCUCCUGGUUCUUUUACUUCGAUUACUUUUGAUCUUUCAAAAUUUUCAUAUAGUUAAAAAGUCGCGGGAGUGGUAUUCUACAUUUUGUAUCUAACAUAAGUACAGUUCUUGAAGUAACAAAACCCAAGUUUAUUCUUUUCAUCUACCGCACUCCUUUAAAACUGAGAGUAAAAUUGUGGUCUGUGACUCUAUGUCAUUACGCUUUUGCGUUUUAUUUAGAUAAAGGUCUUGCAGUCUGUGUUACAAGGGUACCAAUUUAUCUCAGUACUACAGUACAUACCUAAUCAAAAUGUACUUUGCUUUCUAGUGAACUUUUCAUUUUUAUAGCAAUCAGUUUUCUGUGCAAUGGUGUGUAAUUAUUCAUAUUAUGAAACAACACCAUCAAUGUAACAUUUUAAAUGAAUUUAUCUAUUUUAACCUCUUUGGGUAAGCAAUUUUAUCCAUCUCAAAUACUCUUGAAAACUUUUAUAUUUCUUAAUAUUUUAUUUUUAGUUUGCAGUGAAAUGGAGGCAUUCUGGUUCCCUACUGAAUCCCAUUUCAGAUCCACUCUCUCUUCCCAUAAAUUCCAUCUUAGCUCACUUCCUUCAAAUCCUCUGAGUCAUUUCAACCAGCCAAGAAUCAAACUCCCAGAAAGCAAGAGAUUACCAUCAAUAUCAUCAAGAAUCACAACGCCUUCACCAAGAAACCGCCUCAGUUACAAGCAUAAUCCAGCUUCCAAGAGUAAAAAAUUCUCGGAGAAAGAUGCAUUUCCCGGUCGCAUACCAAUCCAAAACCGAAACCCAAAAUUCAUAUAUAGAGAUAUUCAAAAUUUCGCCGACCAGAAUAAGCUUAAAGAAGCUCUUACCAUAUUGGAUUACUUAGAUCACUCCGGCGUUCCAGUAAAUUCCACCACAUUUUCUCAUCUCAUUGCCGCUUGUGUUCGGCUAAAGGCUCUCAAGGAAGGUAAAGUUGUGCAUGCCCAUGUAAGAAAUAAUGGGCUGCUAAAUAAUGAGUUCUUACAAACAAAACUUGUACAUAUGUAUUCAGCAUGUGGGUCAAUUGGAGAUGCAAAACUUGUGUUUGAUGAAAUGCCAGUUAAAAGUGUGUACCCGUGGAAUGCAUUACUCAGGGGCAAUGUCAUGUUGGGUGGACGUAAAUAUCGUGAAGUUUUGAGGACAUUUUCGGAAAUGAGGGAGUUAGGGGUGGAAUUGAAUGUGUACAGUUUCUCUUGCUUGAUCAAGAGUUUUGCAGGGGCAAGUGCGCUUCAUCAGGGUGUGAAAACUCAUGGAUUACUGAUAAAAAAUGGGUUGAUGAAUAGUAACAUGCUGAAGACAAGCUUGAUUGAUUUGUACUUCAAAUGUGGCAAGAUUAAGCUAGCUUUACGGGUCUUUGAGGAGGUGGAAGAGAGGGACGUGGUUGUUUGGGGAGCAAUGAUUGCAGGUUUUGCUCAUAAUCGGUUGCAUAGGGAAGCAUUGGAUUAUGUGAGGUUUAUGAGAAGCGAAGGUGUGGGAGUAAAUUCAGUUAUAUUAACUAGUAUUCUACCUAUCAUCGGAGAAAUAGGGUCUCGAAGACUUGGUCAGGAGAUUCACGCUUAUUCAAUCAAGACUAAAGGUUAUUCAAAACAGUUAUUUGUGAAGUCUGGUUUAAUCGAUAUGUAUUGCAAAUGUGGGGAUAUGAUCUCAGGAAGAAAAGUCUUCUAUUCGUCAAAAGAGAGGAAUGCUGUUUCUUGGACUGCAUUGAUCUCCGGUUAUGUAUCAAAUGGAAGACUUGAUCAGGCUUUGAGAUCUAUCAUUUGGAUGCAACAAGAAGGUUUCAGACCGGAUGUGGUCACAAUUGCCACUGUUCUUCCUGUUAUUGGAGAAUUAAGGGCAUUGAAACAAGGGAAGGAAAUUCAUGGGUUUGCUGUUAAGAAUGGAUUUUGGCUGGAUGUUACCAUUGCUACUUCACUAAUGAUGAUGUACUCAAAAACUGGCCUCUUACGCUAUUCUUAUAGACUAUUCAACAAUCUACAGAACAAAAAUGUGAUAUCAUGGACUGCAAUGAUUGACUCAUGCAUUCGAUGUGAAAGUAUGCAUGAAGCACUUCAAGUCUUUAGAUCGAUGCAGGGGUCCAAGCAUAUGCCGGAUUCUGUUACAACUGCCAGGAUGCUGAAGGUUUGUAGUGAAUUGGGGGCCUUAAAACUGGGGAAAGAGAUCCACGGACAGGUGUUAAAGAGAGAUUUUUACUCCAGUCCUUUUGUCUCCUCAGAACUUGUGAAAAUGUAUGGUUGCUGUGAAGCAAUUGAUAAGGCAAAACUGUCUUUUGAAGCGAUACCUGUCAAAGGAUCUAUGACUUGGACAGCCAUUAUUGUUGCAUAUAAACGAAAUGGUCAGUAUCAGGAAGCCAUAGAUCUAUUUAAGCAGAUGAUCUCAAGGGGAUUUUCUCCAAAUCAGUAUACUUUUCAAGUUAUAUUAUGCAUAUGUGAGAAAGCUGGAUUCGCGGAUGACGCUUGCAAGUUUUUUGCUUUAAUGACUCAGAAAUACAAGAUUCAGGCUUCUGAAGAAAAUUACUGUAGUAUUAUACGCCUUCUUAGUAGCACGGGUUGUGUGAAAGCAGCUGAAAAAUAUACGAAAUUGAAAGCAUCUUUGUCACCAUAA